UAUCGGCCGCAAUCUCCGAAGGUUAUUUAAAAGCCAUUUAAAAUCGUAUUCGUGUCUCGAGACUCUCCUAGACAUUCGCAAGGUCGUUGCCCAUCGUUCACCGGGCACUUGUUCCUUUUCAGAUACACGAUCCCCAGGACGGUGUUAACCUUCGUACUUGUACUCUCCGCCUUUCAGUUAUUCUAACCAUUUAAAUAUGCAAAUGACCAUUUGCAUGUCAAUAUUCAUAAUGCAAUUUCCCGAUGAUGUAACGCGUUAUCCUCGUGGCAAGGACGACGCUGAUGUCUUAGGUCAAGAUCUGUUUAAAUCAUUUCUAUUAUCACCUCUGCUACCUUCAAUCAGUGAACGAGAUAUGUAAAAAAUUGCAACUUUAAUAAUUUACCAGAAAAACAAUGUCGCGAACAUUGUAAUUCUGCAUCACGUGUAAUUUAGAAGUUGUAUUCGUUUAAAGUUUUAUAAUAUCACAUUUUUAACAAAUUUAAUUUAUUAACUAAGCUUGUUGAGGGAUUCUUUAGUGAACAAGAGAUCUCCGAAAAAUUCUUUCAAGUCAUCUUAUUCACCGUUCUGUCGCAAUCGCUCGAGAUGAAACCGGAAGUCACGCGUUUACGUCCCCCCGUGAAGAUUGAUCGUUCGAAUCGCUUUCGAUCGGAAGGACAACCGGUACGAAACCUUCAGCGUUUAGGUCUUUCUUCCUUAUCUCCUUGCCAGACAUCGUCCUUGAUGAAAUCUUUAGAAACAGUCCUUUAGAAAGGUGAAGCACCAUCAGUCGCCUCGCGUCCAUCCUCCUCGUCGCCUCGAAUAUUCGCGUCACAUUUAGUCUCCUCUAUUAAUCACACGCGGCACCUCUUGCGACUCUUAAUCGCGUUUCCAAGUUUUCUUCUUUUUUCGUCAGACGACGUUCGACGUCCCCCGUCGUCGAGUCACUUCGCAGCGACUGUUCGCGGCGCGAAACGUUUCAAGUUUAAACUGCUUCGGAGUUCGCGUGGGUGGAUGUCAGAAAUGGGCAAAAUUUUAUUUGAAUAAUAAUAUCAUGCCUUCAUCCACGAAGAUAUAACAUGUUCCUGUAGUUUUUUGAUAUUUGCAUGAGAGACGAAUAAAUUCAGGGUGAUGUGAAGAGACGAGGUCUUGGAGUGUGGGAAGCGGAGACUUGGGUGGAUUGCUUUUGUAGUACGUGGACAUUUUUGUAAAUAGCUAUGCUCGCGAUUCUGUUGAUACUGAUGCCAACGCUUUGGCACGCUGCAGCUCAGUCCAGCGUGUUGGUAGCGGACACCACCAUGUCCAGAAUGGUGGAACUGAUCGCAGACGCGCCAUUCUGUGCUCUAUACACCGAUCGUGGCGUCAUACAAAGCAUGGUCCUCAGCGCAGACCCAAAGAAAGUCCGUCAAAUGUCCAGCAAUCUCGUCGCAGACCUUGUAGAAACUUGCAAAGCCUCUCGCGAUAAGGGAAAAAACCAAAAACCAGGUGGAGGCCUGAUAUACCCUGGCACCAAAUGGUGCGGACCUGGCAAUCUGGCAACGUCCUACGACGACCUCGGUCAACACCGAUUGGAAGAUGCCUGCUGCAGGGAACACGACCAUUGUCCCAUCACGAUAGAGCCUAAGGAGUGUAUGCCCGGCAUAUGCAACCGGUCACCCUUCACUCGAUCUCAUUGCGACUGCGACGCGAAGUUCCGUAGAUGCCUGCAGAAUCUUAAUACGGAAGUCGCCAACACCCUCGGUGCCCUCUUCUUCAACGUUAUCCAAGUGGCUUGCUUCAAGGAGCGACGCCCGUGCUCUCAAUGGCAGAGAGUCGGCUACGAGGAAUCCGUGUCCAACCAGUUGUGCUCGCAGUUUCACUUCCGCCCCAGCGAGAAAUACGUGCCACUGAUGCCGCUGAACAUCAACUAGCUAUUACGAAAACGCAAGAAGAGCGGACCUGACACCCUCUGAAGCGGUGUCAGUUAACAGAGUCUCAAUGAGCGAGAUAAUUGCACGCGCGAUAAUUACCUGUGUCUUUCUUUCGGUGGGAGUCCGUCUGAGAAUCGAACUCGCGGUUAUUCAUCGUUAAUACUACACAUGGUAUUAAGAAACAAAGAGCUUUCCUAUUGAAGCGUUUAAUUGAAAAUUAGAACGUCAAACUCGUGGUCUCGAAAUCAGUCAAUGCAAAUUUAGUUAACUGUUUGAGGUGAUUACAACGACUGUGCAUUUUAUGCUUUUAUAGCGUAUGCUAAUACGAAAAACACAAGUGAAACGUACGUAGAUAAAUAUUUCAUAAAUUGACAUUAAUGGUGUCCUUAUCCGCAUACGCCGGACAUGUUUAGUAACGAGACAGAGGGGUGGGGAGAGUUAAACGGUGUGGUGGGGAUGGCUGCCCUGUAGCCUUGAGCGGCCAACUAAAUUUGCAUCCACUUAGAACCACUAAAUACUCGGAUUUACCGAAACGAAAGACACCACUGGCUUCUGGAACCAAUUUCCUUACUCGUAUUGGUGGUAUACUUUACUCUCUCAAAAUUUGGAAUUAUAAAAUUGAAAGUUCAUAUUUACUGCCGUUUCUUGAGAGUCCUACGGUAAGGUGAUUGGUGGAACAAGCAAAACACGAGACACCGUUGCACUCGUGCGCUUUUAUUUCAGCCUCUGUACGCUGGUAAACAAAUUCCAAGGCAACGAAAGAAACUAACGGUCAAAAUGGUCAGUUCGAAACCGAGAAACGGCUAUGUAAAUGUAACAACGCAGCGUUCGUUGCGCGUCGCCUGUCGACCUUGCAGUGUACAGUGCAACAAAUGCACUCGUCGAGGCCAACAUGUGUUGUCACAUAAAUUCGUCCUUUUUUUCGCGUAGCCCUUGAAAGUAAUACUCGGGUUGGGCAACGAACGAAAUAUUUUUAAAAUAAAACUUUCGGCAGUUGCUCCGCAAUUUCGAGCGCAGCCUUUUCUUGCGGGAAAUUGUGAGAUCGUUUACUCUUCGAGUACUGAAGACAUAUGUAUAACAAACACGAUUAGGAGAUCUCAGUACACGGGACGUGCUGAGCCUUCAAAUCUUGGCCUCCAAGAGGUCAAUGCAUCUCAAAUUUCUAUAAAUUCAACCGAAUGCGUGCGAAUCGGUGAUACGAUUUUACAAUUAAAUUCUGCUCAAUAUUACUCUUUAACGUGUAUGCGACUUUCCAAGUACUAUCAUAGAUGAUUAACCUUUCGACAUUACGCUAAUAAGAUUAUAUCAAUCGUAAGAUUAUUUAUAACGAGAAGAACAAGGUUCUUGGUAAAAAAGAAUGGUCUACGACGAUUAUCGAACGAUUAUUACUCAAGCGUAAUGAACGAAGGAUUAACAAGGUUCGCAUUUCUUGCAUAUCAUCCGUCGCCUUUGUUGCCACGCAAUUGCAUAAUGGCGUACAACAUGGCGACGAUCUUCUUUAGAUUAAGAUACUUUGCUAAAUUGAUGCAGAAGUAAUGAAAAAUAGAUCUAACCAGAUAAGAAUGUAAAGGGAUUACUUUUGUAUCAUUUUGGUAAAGGAAGUACCAAUGAAUUCCUCAAGGUUAACGAUUUUCUACUCUCUUUGAUAGCUUUGGCUUUUGAAUAAGUACAUUCAAAGAAGUCUACGAAUUUUAUGCAAAUUAGAUUUGCCCAGGUUAAUGUAGUGAUUCGAAUACUGUUCAAAAUAAUACUAGAGUACGAAGAAUCAAUGGCAUCGAUCCUGCGCAAUCUCUACUGUGAUUUAAACUGCUUAGAUGUAAGCUUGUUGUAGGCUUACUCGCAGAAAUAAGUACGAGCAACCGUCCGUUCAUUAUUUGUGACCCACGCGUUCAAAUAAUCGAUGAGACCAGAAAAGAUCGACCGAGGACGAUGUCCAGAAUUGUUAAUGACCACGAAAAGGUUAGCCGGGAAACGUGCAAUCGAUUAAGUGCGUCACGCUGAUUUCAGAAAUACCUCGGUGACAUUUUAUUUCCUAACGACCUUUGAACAACUUCGAUGAUACGGUGGAACCUCGUUGAUUCGUUAUAAAUUAAACCGAUAAUUAAAUUUUUAAUGGAAAUCUGAGUUCUUUCAAGAAAAUUAUAUUUAAGCAUUUCUCAUACAAUAAAGUGGAUCAUCGAUGUUACACUGUAUUAACGAAUGUGGAUGUAUAUAUUUAUAGAUCUAUACGAUUAACGAUUAUGUAUCAUAUUAGGGGAAUAGUUUAUGAUAACGUUCCGAAUGUUUAUUAAUCCAUGUAACGAUGUUUACGUUAAAUUAUUUAUACAUAUCUCGAUUUAGUAUUUGUCAGAUUUACGCUACAAAUAUAAUUAUAUUCCGUCGCUGAAGUAGCGCGAAAAGUUAUCAACUUUGCACGAUUUUUAAUAAACAUAUUUAUUACCUUUAUCAGUUAGAAACUUGUGUAUAGUACACAUCAAACAACAUGUGUGCGCUUUGUUCACAUGUUGAUGCUACUAUUUUAAUAUUUUCUUUAGAAAAAAUCUGAGAAGUUCUAAACAUAAAUUGUAUUCAAGAUAAACUAAUUUAAAACAAAGACCAAAUAUUCUGAGAAUAAAUAUCUACCUCUUGACGA